AUGCAAUUCAAGUCCGCUUCUCUAGCUGCUUUGGCCACCGCCACUGCCGUUUCCGCUGCCAGCUACACCGCCGGUGAGCCAUACUCUACUUUGACUCCAACUGCCACUCACGGUUGUGCCGCCACUGCCUACACUCAAUCCUUCGGUAUUGCUGUUCAACCAAUCUCUUCCGGUAACGCCAAGAGAGACGUUAUUUCUCAAAUCACCGACGGUCAAAUCCAGGCUGUUGCCACCACCACUUUGGCCCCAACCACCAAGGCUAAAACCACCUCCACCGGUACCACCACCACCUCCUCUUCCACCAAGACUCAAUCUUCUUGUGCCGCCGCUCCAUCCGUUGUCAUCAAGGAACAAUCUUGUACCAACUCUGGUACUCUACAAUUGACCUUGAAGGACGGUCUUUUGACCGACGCUAAGGGCAGAAUCGGUUCCAUUGUCUCCAACAGACAAUUCCAAUUCGAUGGUCCAACCCCACAAGCUGGUGCCCUAUACGCUGCUGGCUGGGGUAUCACCGGUGAAGGUAACCUGGCUCUAGGUGACCAAGAUGUCUUCUACCAAUGUUUGUCCGGUAACUUCUACAACUUGUACGACCAGAAGAUCGCUGAACAGUGUUCUCCAAUCCACUUGGAGAUCGUUGGUUUGGUCAACUGUUAA